AUGAUGUAUGCUGCCAAAUCAGAAGAUAAAAGUCAUAUUAUGCGAAGCGCACACUAUUUGCAUAAAGACUUACCGAUACGUCUUGCUCAUCGAAUAGAUGAUUUUAGAAAUUUACCAUUUGUUGUUGCUUGCAACCCACGUUUAUUAGAAUUGAUAAAAACCUUGGAGCAAGAAAAACUGUUUACAGAUUUACUUCAAUGUACGCUGGAUUCGAGCUCGGAUACGUUACCGUUACUUGCCGAGGGAUUUCGUGAGACAAAACGACAUAUCAAACAAGCUACACUCGUGAGAAAUUUUCUCGAUCGGGCAUUAACAUCCCGUUUAUGCAUGCGAAUUUUAAUUGAACACCAUAUUCAAUUGCAUGAGGAAAAGCCAAAUUAUACCGGUGCUAUUUGCUUGAGCUUUUCACCAAAGAAACUUAUCGAAAAAUCAGCCGAUCUAGUCACAAAAUUGUGUAAAGCUCAGUAUGGUGUUAGUCCUGAAAUACGUCUUGAUGGUCAUGUGAAUAGUACGUUUCCAUUUAUUCCGAUUCCGCUACAUUAUAUUGUGCCCGAGAUGUUAAAGAAUGCAUUCAGAGCAACGGUCGAACAUCAUCUUCACUCGGACAAUGAACUGCCAUGCAUCAAUGUUACAGUUGCUGUUAACGAUGAUGAAUUAAUAUUGCGAGAUAGAGGCGGUGGAAUGAAACGUUCCGUAUUAGAAAAGAUUUUCGAUUAUCAUUUUACAACAACAGAUUCGUCAGCUGAUCUCAGCAUGAUGUCUUAUUCUGAUCAGAUCAAUGACAAACUAUUUGAUAAAUUUAUCCUUCGUGAAACCAAUAAAAUGAGCGGGUAUGGUUUUGGUGUGCCAACAUCUCGUGCGUUUUGUGAAUAUUUUAACGGCUCAUUAUCAAUAGAAACAAUGUUUGGAAUUGGUACUGAUGUUUAUAUAAGAUUAGGUUUAUUAACGUCGGAAAAAAGAGUUGUUCGUCUGUAA